CACCCCAAGUCUGUCCUCGAUGCCGUCAGCCUUGGCCAUCUUCACUUGUCGCCCGAACUCACACCCGUUUCAGGAGCGUCAUGUCUACCUGGACGAGCCUAUUAAAAUCGGCCGCUCGGUGGCCCGCUGUCGACCAGCGCAGAAUAAUGCUACCUUUGAUUGCAAAGUGCUGUCAAGGAACCACGCUCUCGUCUGGUUUGAUCACAAGACGGGCAAGUUUUAUCUCCAAGACACUAAAAGUAGUAAUGGUACCUUUAUAAAUAGUCAGAGAUUGAGUCGAGGCUCUGAAGAAAGUCCACCAUGUGAAAUUCUUUCCGGUGACAUUAUCCAGUUUGGGGUAGAUGUGACGGAGAACACACGGAAAGGUACGGUUACCCAUGGGUGUAUUGUUUCCACAAUAAAACUUUUUCUACCAGAUGGUAUGGAAGCCCGGCUCCGCUCAGAUGUCAUCCAUGCUCCAUUACCAAGUCCUGUUGACAAAGUUGCUGCUAACACUCCAAGUAUGUACUCUCAGGAACUAUUCCAGCUUUCUCAGUAUCUUCAGGAAGCCUUACAUCGGGAACAGAUGUUGGAACAGAAGUUAGCCACGCUUCAGCGGCUACUAGCCAUCACCCAAGAGGCUUCAGAUACCAGUUGGCAGGCUUUAAUAGAUGAAGAUAGACUCUUAUCACGGUUAGAGGUUAUGGGAAACCAAUUACAGGCUUGCUCCAAAAAUCAAACAGAAGAUAGUUUACGGAAGGAACUUAUAGCAUUACAGGAGGAUAAACACAACUAUGAGACGACAGCCAAAGAGUCCCUGAGGCGGGUUCUUCAGGAGAAAAUUGAAGUGGUUAGAAAACUUUCAGAAGUUGAGCGAAGUCUGAGUAAUACUGAAGAUGAAUGUACCCACCUGAAAGAAAUGAAUGAACGGACUCAGGAAGAAUUAAGAGAAUUAGCCAAUAAAUAUAAUGGAGCAGUUAAUGAGAUUAAAGAUUUAUCUGAUAAAUUAAAGGUAGCAGAGGGAAAACAAGAGGAAAUCCAACAGAAGGGACAAGCUGAGAAAAAAGAAUUACAACAUAAAAUAGAUGAAAUGGAAGAAAAAGAACAGGAGCUCCAGGCAAAAAUAGAAGCUUUGCAAGCUGAUAAUGACUUCACCAAUGAAAGGCUAACAGCUUUACAAGUACGGUUAGAACAUCUUCAAGAGAAAACUCUUAAAGAAUGCAGCAGCUUAGGGAUACAAGUUGAUGACUUCUUACCUAAAAUAAAUGGGAGCACAGAAAAAGAGCACUUGCUUUCAAAGAGUGGCGGGGACUGCACUUUUAUUCAUCAAUUCAUAGAAUGCCAGAAGAAGCUGAUCGUCGAGGGGCAUCUAACCAAAGUGGUAGAAGAAACAAAGCUUUCAAAAGGUUCGUUUUCUGUGGGUUUCUGUGGCAUUUUUCUGUGGGUUUUGACAACUCUUUUGGAUAAUGAAGAGAACCAGGCAAGAGCAAAGGAAUCUGAUUUAUCAGAUACUCUGAGUCCAAGCAAGGAGAAAAGUAGUGACGACACUACAGACGCCCAAAUGGAUGAGCAAGACCUAAAUGAACCCUUUGCUAAAGUGUCCCUAUUAAAAGAUGACUUGCAGGGUGCACAGUCAGAAACUGAGGCAAAACAAGAAAUUCAGCAUCUUCGGAAGGAAUUGAUUGAAGCCCAGGAACUAGCUAGAGCAAGUAAACAAAAAUGCUUUGAACUUCAAGCUCUUUUGGAAGAAGAAAGAAAAGCCUAUCGAAAUCAAGUUGAGGAAUCCAGUAAACAAAUACAGGUUCUUCAAGCCCAACUGCAGAGGUUACACAUCAAUAUUGAGAAUCUCCGGGAGGAGAAGGACAGUGAAAUCACAAGCACUCGAGAUGAAUUGCUUAGUGCCCGAGAUGAAAUUUUACUCCUUCAUCAAGCAGCAGAAAAGGCUGCCUCUGAGCGGGACACUGACAUUGCUUCUCUACAAGAAGAGCUUAAGAAAGUGCGAGCCGAGCUUGAGCGGUGGCGGAAAGCAGCAUCUGAAUAUGAGAAAGAAAUCAUGAGUUUGCAAAAUACUUUUCAGCUUCGAUGUCAGCAAUGUGAGGACCAGCAGAGAGAAGAAGCAACGAGGCUACAAGGUGAACUAGAGAAGUUGAGAAAGGAAUGGAAUGUAUUGGAAGCCGAAUGCCGUUCUCUAAAAAAGGAAAAUGUUUUGCUAUCAUCAGAACUGCAGCGGCAAGAAAAAGAAUUGCACAAUUCUCAGAAGCAGAGUUUAGAGCUUACCAGUGAUCUCAGCAUCCUGCAGAUGACUAGGAAAGAGCUUGAGAAUCAAGUGGGAUCCUUGAAAGAACAGCAUCUUCGGGAUUCAGCUGAUUUAAAAACUCUUCUCAGUAAGGCUGAAAACCAAGCAAAGGAUGUACAGAAAGAGUAUGAAAAGACACAGACUGUACUCUCAGAACUGAAGUUGAAGUUUGAAAAGACUGAGCAGGAAAAACAGUCAAUCACAGAUGAGCUCAAACAAUGUAAAGACAACCUGAAGCUGCUCCGAGAGAAAGGAAAUAAUAAACCCUGGCCCUGGAUGCCCAUGUUGGCUGCCCUGGUUGCGGUGACAGCCAUCGUGCUGUACGUGCCAGGUCUGGCCAGAGCUUCUCCAUGAGAGCGUUUCUUGAGUCCGUACACCGUCCUCCCUCUAGAAGCUGGCACCACACUCAUGCUGGGGACAAACAGAACCAUUUUCUUCCUUUUUACCUCUUAAAACAGCAGAAGUGCAAGAAUACAGCUGUAGGGUCAUUGCUUUAAAUUAUAUAAAAUGUAUCUGUCUAUAAAGAGGAUAUAAAAUUGUGACUUUAUUCUACUGUAAGCAAUAAUUUGCUUGCAAUUUUUCAUGUAAUUUUUAAAUUAGUAUGUUGAAAUUCUGAAUAUUAUGGUGGCCUAAAGUAGGCUUCUUGGUACACCAAAUUAUUUAUAACAUUAAAUUUAUGGGUAUUUUACUCUGAAUUCUAAUGGCCAGAUAAUUCAUUUUUUUGAUUCGAUAACUACCCAAACCAAACAACUGAUACAUACAUGGGAAGAGAGGCCCUGUGUGCUCAGUGCCUAUCAGUUUGAAUAUAUACACAUAUAUAUAUAUAUUUUUUACAUAUUUACGCCAUUUUUACUUGUUAUAAAACCACUGAGCUAUUGGGAACAAGACUUAGAGACAACUAUUUGCGUGGAUUUUUUUUUUUUUUUAAGGAGAAAUACACUUGGAAAAUACUCUGUUCUAGUGAUAAUUUGGGGAAUAUGUGCACGUUUGUUCAGCCUUAAUGUGACUUGACGAUGUGGAGGACAUCAACUUUGAAAAACUUUCCAUGAGAGUGUGUAUUUUCUUGAGCAAACUGAAGUAUUUCUGGGAGCAAAAACAUAGUAAUUAUACAGUUUCAGUGCAGUAAACCAAACUCUUGAGUCAAUUGGAAUGUAAUUUAUUAAACCUCAUGUAUUUAAAGAGAUAUUUUCUUUAAAAGCCAAGUUACUUUCUCAUAUACAGCAUUUUAGGAAGCAUGACUUUUUUUUUCCUAUCAUCUCUUCCUCCAAGCAUGUUUAAUUGAAGAAAGAGAAUUAAUAUCUCUUUAGAUAAGCUUUUACUGACUUAAUUUGGAUAAUGAUAUUUCAAAGCUAAUUCAUGUUCGAGGGGAGCAGUUGUUACCUACCAACAGAUUUCCUGGUUGGGGAGGCAAAUGGUUAUUUUCUUUUUAUUGUUGUUAAUUGGGACGUUCUGUUAACGAGAAGCACUAUUCCCAAGAUUAAUAGUGUUCCAUGCACAGUAAAGCACCUAAACACUGCUUGAUGUUACAAAUUUAAAACACGGAAGUGAAGGUUUAGCUAUGGUUUUUGUGCGGCACCACAGUUAUGUCAAUGAAGUUUAUUUAGGUCAUAGAAUAUCCUAAAGUAUCACAUAGUUAAAUUUUUCAGUCAAUGAAAACUGGGAGGGAAUGUCAGUGAGUUGGCUUGAGUGUUCUGUGGCAAUCCACAGGCCUGGCCAAAUAUUGAAAGAGAAGUUUAGGAUAUAAUUUGCCUUGUGAUGUUUGGCAGUCAUUGUUUAUACUUUAAAGGUUGUAUUUUAAGCCAUUUGGGGUUUGCUGUUGGGAGGAUCACUAGAUUUAUGGAGGAAUUAGUCACAAAUGACUUGUAGAAAAUACUGUCAUAUAGUUCAUUUCAUCAUUUUCUGUUGCAGGAAGCCACUCCACCACAGAAUGCUAAUAUGCCAGUGGUACCCAGUACCUCCUGUAUAUAGGUUAUUGCAAAUAUUGUUCUGAAAUGCUUAACUUCAGAAUUACAUUUUUUAAAGUAAAUAAUUGUUUUAAAUCUAUUUUGUAAAGAUAUAAAGUACAAUAGAAUUUCUGGAGUACAGAUUAAACUAUUUGCACUAACACACGUGAUGUGCAUGAUUUAAUAAAAUAACUUUACUCUCCCUAUGCAUUUUUGAGUUGGAUAUCAUUGAAAUUCUUAGUAGUGACUCUACUAUUGUAUUGUUAAUAGUCUUUUCAUGAAAUGACUCUUUAUGCAACAUAAUGUACGUUUAGUGUUCUUCAGGGUUUAAAGGAAAACACUGAGCUGUUUCCUCCAGGUUUUAUUAGCCUUUUAUUUAACUUACUGCUCUAAAUUUUUUCCCUUUUACUAUGGUUAUUGUUAAAACGUGACUCACUUGCCAGACAAGUCUCUUUAAAUAUAAAGUCAAUAUUUACUUUAUUCAAAUUGAAUAAAUGGGUUUUUGUAGUGAACUGCCAGUUUUUCGUAAGAACAUAAAUGAGCCUAUUCAUAAGCAGUACCCCCAGUUUUGUUCAGUUUACUUUCAGGUUAAAUAAAGAGUAGGAUUAUUCACUUGGAGUGAUAGAGUCAUUAAGAAGUUUUAAUCCUAGCAGUUAAGAAUUGAACAACCCUAUGACACAUUUAAAAAUUACAUUAAGGUGCUACAUGGCUGGGUCAGAAAAUGAAAAGAACGUGGUGUUUAAAGCUAAAACAUCCGUAUUGGCGUACUGGCUCUGCCUUAGGCAAAUCAUUUGUCUUCUCUGAGUCUCUACUUCCUCAUUUAUAAAAUGGAGAGAAUAAUAUCUAUAUUUUUAGCGGUAGUAUGAAAAUUUUAAAAAUAAUGUAUGUGAAGUGUCAAGUGGUAAAUAAACACCGCAAAUAUUUAAGUUUUAGGUGAACCAGUACAGCUAUUUAAAAUGAAUUGAUUGACUCAACUGUUGAGACUUUGUGUGUGAAUGAGAUAGAACUGCAGUGGAAUGACUCCUAAGAAAGCAUCCAGCUCUGUUCAUCCCUUUUAUAGUUGUGUCUUUAGGAAGUAAUAUGCUUAGUUUGAUUAUGAGCCAAUUGCUUACAACAGUUUGGAAUUCCUGUUGUGACUGCCUUCAAGAGCAAUUCUGAGUCACAUAUGAAAACCAGUCACACUGCUGCAUAAUCAGAGGCUUUCAACUGAAAAUAGUAUUGCCUAGCUUGAUCUCUCACUUCAAUCACCAGACUUGACCCCCAGUGACUUUUGGCUACUUCCAGUGAUUACAUCUACUAUCAAAAGGAUGGAAAUCUGUUACCAAAGAGGAAAAAACUACAUACAAGUCAACUGUGUUAAAAAUGUGCAGCCUUCCUCCCAUAAAAUUCACGUCUGGAAGUUUAUUCUGAGGGCAUAAUUGUGUGUUCAAAAUUUUAACUACCAGGACAUUUAGUAUAGCAUUUUUCUGUAAUAGUGAUGGGUAAACAACCUAAAUAUCCAGCAGUGGGUCAUCGGUUAAAUAAAUUAAUAUUGCCACCCUA